AUGGCUGACAAGGAAACUGCGCCUGUUCAGGCAAUGGAGCAGCACGAAGAGAAGCAGGCCGUCCGGGACACUGACAUCAAGGCCGGCUCUGAUAUUGUUGCCGAGAAGGGCGAGGGCUUCGAGACCCCCGACGGCGAAGAGCCCACAGAGAGCGAAAAGUUCAACCUCAGACAUGUCGGCGAGAGUUUGCCGCUGUCCGCCUGGCUGGUCGCCGUCGUCGAGCUGUGUGAGCGUUUCACAUACUACGGCAUGAACGGCUUGUUCCAGAACUACGUCCAGCGUCCAUUCGAUGGAAGUGAGGGUGUUGGUGCUCUCGUAGGCCUCGGCCAUCAGGGUGCUACUGGAUUGACCACCUUCUUCCAAUUCUGGUGUUAUGUUACCCCAAUCUUCGGUGCCAUUGUCGCUGACCAGUACCUCGGAAAGUACAAGGCCAUCCUGUACUUCUGCUUCGUCUACAUGGCCGGUCUCGUCAUCCUCGUGGCUACCUCUGUCCCUAGCUCUCUCUCCCACGGAGCUGGUCUCGGCGGAUUCGUUGCCUCUAUCAUCGUCAUCGGUAUUGGUACUGGUGGUAUCAAGUCCAACGUCGCUCCCCUGAUUGCUGAUCAGUACAAGCGUCGUGUGCCCGCCAUCUCCACCUUGCCCACUGGCGAGCGCGUCAUCAUAGACCCAGCCAUCACUAUCCAGCGAAUCUAUAUGAUUUUCUACGCCUGUAUCAACAUCGGCUCUCUCUCACUGCUGGCCACCCCGUACAUGGAGCUAUAUGUCGGCUUCUGGUCCGCCUACUUGCUCUGCCUCUGUGUCUUCGUCGUCGGAACAGUCACCCUCAUCCUGGGACGCAAGGCCUAUGUCGUCCGUCCUCCAACCGGCUCCAUCAUCACCAAUGCCUUCAGUGCUCUCUGGAUCAUGGUCACCAGCCGCAACAUGGACGCCCCUAAGCCUUCUUACCAGGCCGAGCACGGCAACCGCCGCACCGUCGCCUGGGACGACCAGUUCGUCGACGAGCUCAAGCGUGCCCUCAUUGCUUGCAAGGUCUUCUGCUUCUACCCCAUCUACUGGAUCGUAUAUAACCAGUUCUCCACCAACUUCGUCUCCCAAGCCGCUCAGAUGGAAGGCCAUGGCAUCCCCAAUGAUCUCAUGCAGAACUUCGACCCCAUCGCCAUUCUCAUCUUCAUCCCCAUCCUCGACCGCGUCGUCUACCCGAUCAUGCAGAAACUUCACAUCCCUUUCCCACCCAUCUCCCGUAUCUCCGUCGGCUUUAUCGUCGCCUCCCUCGCCAUGGUCUACGCUGCCAUCGUUCAGACUCUCAUCUACAACGCCGGACCAUGCUUCGAUCAGCCUCUCAAGUGUCCGGAGGCUAAGGUCAACGGUGUCGCCAUGGGCAACCACGUCCACAUCGCCAUCCAGACCCCUGCUUACAUGCUCAUUGGUAUCUCCGAGAUUUUCGCCUCCGUCUCCGGUCUCGAGUACGCUUACACCAAGGCCCCCGUCUCCAUGAAGUCCUUCGUCCAGUCCAUGUACCUGCUCACCAACGCCUUUGGAUCUGCUAUUGGCGAAGCUCUUGUUCCCCUUGCCUACGACCCUGCUAUCCGGUGGAUGUUCGUGGCCUUGGCUGCCGUCUCCUUCGCCACCGGUAUCAUCUUCUUCUUCACCUUCCGUAGUCUCAACGCGAAGGAAGAAGAGAUGAAUAGAAUGGACAAGGACCAGGUCUAA